GGGCCGGUUUCCCGCAUGAAGUGGGAUUAUCUAUCUAAUUUCGACGUUCUCCGCUUGGAGUCGCGUCGAGCAAUUCUUCCUUCGAAAUGGAAAAUGGCGGCAGACGGGAGCUGCGAGCGAUCUCGCCAUCUCGACCGCGAUGGAUGUAUCAGUCUGUCGGCCAUUCUCGGCUCUUUUAAUGCGCCGAUCAGCGAGGAACAAGCAUGGGCCGUGUGUUUUCAAACGUCACAAUGCCUGAAAAAGAUCUGGGAAGAGAAGGUGCCGUGUUUCUGCCUGACCAACACCGCACAGAUCUUCAUCCAGAGAGAUGGUCAGGUAUCCCGCAAGACCGCUACCUACACGUCGGGAUUCACGCGGCCACCUGCUACUACUGAAUAUAAGCUAGUAACAUCACUAGGAAUUACAUUAUUUCAUGCACUGGAUUUCGGUUUAUGCGAAGAAGAAGAAAGAUCUCUCAGUCCGUCGCUAGAAUUAUUAAUUGACAGGAUGACCUCGGCAGAUCCCGACGACGACAGUCAUGCUGAUGAUAGUUCUAGCUCGGACGACGAAACGGCUUCGCAAAAUGUAGACGAAGGAAUUGAAAAAGAUUCCGAAGAGGACGACAUGUCGCUUAGCGAAACGGGACACGAAAAAGCCGGUCUUACUUUGGAAAGAGUUUUAGAGAUGUGCAUGGCUCGGCUGUCAAAUCCGCAUCAAGCAGACAACCAUUACAAAGCCGUCUGUAGAGCAUUAGUGGCAGAAGUGCAAGAGUUAUCGACGUUUCUCGAGAAAGUAUCGCAAGGAACGAAAGAAUUAUUGAAAAAUUCGCAACAAGAAUCCAAUGGCACUAAUCUCGACUGUCUUCAAGUUCAGGACUGGGCACGCUUAUGGAUGCAAGUCAUCAGAGAACUUCGUCAGGGAGUUAAAUUGAAAAAGGUGGAUAGCGCUCCGCACCCUAUCGAAUACGAACUCACGCCUUACGAAAUGUUAUUAGAUGAUAUCCGUGCUAGGCGAUACAAACUAAAUAAAGUUAUGGUUAACGGAGAUAUACCUCCUCGUGUAAAGAAAGAUGCUCACGCACUUAUAUUGGAGUUCAUACGUUCUCGUCCCCCUCUCGUUCCUGUUUCGAAGCGGAAGCUGAGACCCUUACCUCCGAGACAGCCGACGUUAUACGAAAAAUUAAUGGCAUCUCUGAAACAACAGCACAAACUUAAACCGGUACCUCGUGAAACGCAGAUGGCCAUGAAUGAAGACGAGGCAGAAAAACCACAACAGAACAGACGCCUCAUUAAAGUCGAUUUGUCUCUUCGACUGUCGUCUAGUUUUGAAGAUGAUGAUUUUGACGAUUUGUUUAACAGUCCUCCCAGCGAAGAAUCGCAUCCUACACCGAACGAUGUUGAUGCGUACGAAACCAACAAUUACUUUGAAGAAAGAAGGCACAGUGUACCGGUUUACAAAUCGCCGGUCAAUCAGUGCGAUAUCAUCAGACCUCCGCUACUGAAAGCCAAAACUUUAGACUACCGUUACAUUCAAGACGACACCAUUUCUAGUCCCGUAGCCUCAGACUUUUGGAAAUCCUCUCAAUGGAAAUCCUUAGAAUGCUUGUCGCUAACAUUGGAAGAAGUGGUUCACAUAAGGAACGUACUCACCAAAGCAGAUCUGGAAACGCUCUUAGUUUUUCCACAACUCUACAAUGAUGUCGCAAAUGGAAAAGUAUGCUUCACCUGCAAGAAGACAAAAUUUUCAUUUUUUGGAUCUUGGGGAGUGAAGUGUAAAUUAUGCGAAAGAAUCGUCUGUAGCAGAUGUUACUCGAAGAUGCACAUACCCACGGAACACUUUUCUAGCAUUCCCGUUUAUAUGUUGAGUCCGACGCCCCCGACUGAAGACCCGGACAACUUUUGGAAAUUUUCAUUCGACUUUAUUCGAAGUCAAGACAGUCAUUCACCCGAAGAACCUCCUGAAGAUGUUCCCACACCUACAAAAGUACAACACUCGGAAUCUUUCCACUCGCUUUCGAAUGUAGAAGAGACCGAAGACAUUUCCCCUCCCAAAAAGAAAGGACCCCUGCUUCGUUCCAAAACUAUCCAUCACCAACCGGAGGACUCGUUUGAAGAGAAUUCAACAAAGGGACCCGUCGAAAACGUCUGCUGCGACUGUAAAGAGAUGCUCUGUCACAUAAUCGCAGCCAGCCAGGCGACCAAAUCCAUAAGAAACACAUACAGGAACAAGUGGAAGAGGCAGAAGAGCCUACCCACCGCCAAAAGCUUCACAUCGACGCUUCCGAAAAGUGUGGCGGACGAGUUUGGUGGUUCGGCAUAAGAAGAUUCCAAUAAUUUUGUAUGUGUGAAAAAUGUGACAGAAGGACAAUAAACCAUAAGAAGGUAAUUUGUAGAUUGUAAAGACCCAAACUGGAUAAGGAAAGUUAAGUAUGUUUACCUUAAAUUAUUAUUAAGACAAUAUUUCUUGUGUCUAAUGAAUAAUAAAAAGUUUGUAGUCUUCCUUUAAAAUUAUGGCUUGUCGAAAUGUCGACAAGCGUACCUUUAUGUUAAGUUUGCAGAGAAUAUUUUAGUGUUAAACGCAUGCUGCGUUGUUGUGUAUUUUACAUUGUUGAUCGACAUCACGUUUUUUUCGUAUCAAAGUUUGCAUAAUUUAUUCUAAUGUUUUACGGCUAGUCAAAAA